GUCAGGGCACGGCGGUAGCUCCGUCACUAAAUUAAGCAUCCGGCUCGUUUCAAACUGACCCCCAGCCGAAAUGACAGGGUCUGCCUCGGCAUCCCACACAAUUUUCACUGAUUCAGUUCGCUGCAACUAAAUACUACUGCCGCAUGAGGUACAGUUCCAUAUACAUCCGAGCAGGAUGUGACUCGUAUAUAGUGGGCUAGGCAUCGCCGGAGUGAUCGCCUGUUCCGAAAGCGCGAGUAAUCCAUAAUCAUUCUCACAAAAGCGCUCAUCAUGGCGCUAUAUCGUAACUUCUUCCUUCUGGCCAGCCUUGGGCUAAGCAAUGCUGCUCCCUCCAAGGUCCAGCGAGCCCCGGAUUCUUCCCUUCACGCUCGCGCCGUCUGUACCCCUACCGCAGGAGGCGAUUCGUCCACCGACGAUGUCCCCGCCAUCACUGAGGCCCUCAGCUCGUGCGGAAAUGGUGGCACCAUCGUCUUCCCCGAGGGCAGCACCUACUACCUCAACAGUGUGCUGGACUUGGACAGCUGCAGCGAUUGUGACAUCCAGGUGGAAGGUCUUUUGAAGUUCGCCAGCGAUACCGAUUAUUGGAGCGGUCGCACCGCGAUGAUCAGUGUUUCCGAUGUAGAUGGAAUGAAGCUGCGCUCAUUGACCGGAUCUGGUGUCAUCGAUGGCAAUGGCCAGGAUGCGUGGGAUCUCUUUGCUUCGGACAGUAGUUACUCACGCCCAACGCUCUUGUACAUCACUGGCGGCAGCAACCUAGAAAUCUCUGGGCUGCGUCAGAAGAAUCCACCCAACGUGUUCAACUCGGUCAAGGGUGGCGCCACUAACGUAGUCUUCUCCAACCUGAAGAUGGAUGCAAACUCCAAGUCAGACAACCCGCCCAAGAAUACUGAUGGGUUCGACAUUGGCGAGAGUACCUACGUGACCAUCACCGAGGUCACCGUAGUCAACGAUGAUGACUGUGUCGCCUUCAAGCCCAGUUCCAACUACGUGACAGUGGACACAAUCAGCUGCACCGGCUCCCAUGGCAUUUCCGUGGGAUCGCUGGGCAAGUCGAGCGACGACUGGGUCAAGAACAUUUAUGUCACGGGCGCAACUAUGAUCAACUCCACCAAAGCCGCGGGGAUCAAGACUUAUCCGAGUGGAGGCGACCACGGUACCUCCACGGUCAGCAAUGUGACCUUCAACGAUUUCACUGUGGACAACUCCGACUACGCCUUCCAGAUCCAGAGCUGCUAUGGCGAGGACGAUGACUAUUGCGAGGAAAACCCGGGCAACGCCAAACUGACGGAUAUUGUCGUGACAAGCUUCAGUGGGACAACCAGUGACAAGUACGACCCGGUUGUGGCCAACCUUGAUUGCGGUGCGGAUGGAACGUGUGGCAUCUCCAUCAGUGGGUUCGACGUCAAGGCGCCAUCGGGCAAGUCUGAAGUGUUGUGCGCCAACACCCCGUCUGGUUUGGGCGUCACUUGCACUUCGGGAGCUUCAGGCUAAAUAGCCUUGGCCAGAAUGCUUUCUGAAUCCACUGGGUGGAGAUCUUCUUCAGGGUUGAUAUUUGGUAUGGUCGUAUGUAUUGCAGAAUGUGAC